AGGUACUUUCAAUAUCUACUAAGAUUUCAAGAAACACUUCUCUUUACCUUAACGCCUCCACCACCAAACCCCACAACACAGUGUCUUCGUCAUACAUUUUAUUCGACAGAAUCAUCAACAACAAAAAAAACAACAAAGUUAACCUUAAAAAUAUAAUAUUUUCACCAUUUUUAAAUUUUAAUUCCAAAAUUUAUCAGAUUCUAAGUGUUUGGUUUUUCAUAUAAGCCUUUCAAGAUCUCACGGGGCAUGAUCAGAACCUAAAGACAACCUUUUUUCCAUAUAAACACUCUCUUCUCACGACCCUGACAUUGAAGGGUUGUCUCUGAUUCUCUUUCUCUUUCGAUCGAGUUUGAGUUUUUUUUGUUUUUGUUUUUGCCACCUUUAAGGUUUUGGUCGGAAAGUUUAGAUUUUUCACACACCCUUUUAACUCUAAGCCAUGAUUUCCUCGUUGAGACAACCUAGUAUUUCGAUCAGUGGUUCCGAUGUUGUUUUAAGGAACAGACAUGCAACCCUAAUUCAGCUACGACCACAAUCGUUUUCACCUUUCUCGUCAAGAGAGAAAUCACAGAGAUCUGUUGUUUCAACGAAGAAGCCUCUUCAUCUUGCAUGUCUUGGUGUUGGAAAUUUUGGGUCUGUGAAGAAUUUUGAGUCCGAGGCGAGUUUUGGGCAAAGUGAUUUGGUGAAGUGUGGGGCUUAUGAGGCUGAUAGAUCAGAGGUUGAAGGUGGUGAUGGAACACCAUCAGAGGCUGCUAAGAAGGUGAAAAUUGGGAUAUAUUUUGCGACUUGGUGGGCUUUGAAUGUUGUGUUUAAUAUUUAUAACAAGAAGGUUUUGAAUGCGUAUCCUUACCCUUGGCUUACUUCGACUCUUUCGCUGGCUUGUGGCUCUCUUAUGAUGUUGAUCUCUUGGGCUACUAGGAUUGCUGAAGCUCCUAAGACUGAUCUUGAGUUUUGGAAGACUUUGUUCCCUGUUGCUGUUGCACACACGAUUGGACAUGUAGCGGCUACGGUUAGUAUGUCCAAAGUUGCGGUAUCAUUUACGCAUAUCAUUAAGAGUGGCGAGCCUGCUUUUAGUGUUCUCGUUUCGAGGUUUAUUUUGGGCGAGACCUUCCCUGUGCCGGUCUAUCUGUCUUUACUUCCGAUUAUUGGUGGAUGUGCACUUGCUGCUGUGACCGAGCUCAAUUUCAAUAUGAUCGGUUUUAUGGGGGCUAUGAUAUCAAAUCUGGCAUUUGUGUUCCGAAAUAUCUUUUCCAAAAAGGGGAUGAAGGGAAAAUCCGUUAGCGGAAUGAAUUACUAUGCCUGUUUAUCUAUUUUGUCCCUUGCAAUUCUCACACCCUUUGCAAUCGCCGUGGAAGGACCAGCAAUGUGGGCUGCCGGAUGGCAAACAGCUCUCUCUGAAAUCGGACCCCAAUUCAUAUGGUGGGUAGCAGCUCAGAGUAUAUUCUAUCAUCUAUACAAUCAGGUGUCUUACAUGUCGUUGGAUGAGAUCUCUCCUUUGACGUUUAGCAUUGGAAACACCAUGAAACGUAUAUCGGUCAUAGUCUCUUCAAUUAUCAUCUUCCACACACCAAUUCAGCCCGUCAAUGCUCUCGGAGCCGCAAUUGCCGUAUUUGGAACCUUCUUAUACUCACAGGCAAAACAAUAGAGUUGAGGAAUAAAGAAAUCCUCAUUUUCAAACCUACAGUUGAUUUUGGAACAUUUGGCUGCCGGAUUUUUGUAUGACUAGGAUGAUCUGGCUUUUUGUGCAUCUGUAGAUAAUAAAUAAAUAAUAAGAAUCAGAAUAAUGCUACUGAGAAAUAUUAUCCUUAAACAGAUGAUUAGUGAGUUUCUUUGUUUAUUUUUUUUUAGUUUCUGAAAUGCCAAUGAAUUUCAAUAAAUGUUCCUGUUUAUAUAGUAUGAGAAUAAUAACUUCUCAAAACAAUGUUCACUAUAAGGAGUUUGUUUUAUUUAUAAUAUGUUAUGUGUUUGAUCCA